UUGCGAAUCUUUCGGAGCGGGUGGGAAGGCGCUCCCGUGGUGUGUGUGUGUCUGUGUGUGUGUUGCCAUGGUUUUUUAUUUCACGUCCAACGUUGUUCCUUCCAUUUAUACGAUUUAUAUGGGAAAAGACAAGUAUGAAAAUGAAGAUCUAAUAAAAUAUGGUUGGCUAGAAGAUAUUUGGUUUCAUGUGGACAAGCUCUCCUCAGCACAUGUCUACCUCCGGCUACAAAAGGGGCAAACAGUGGAUGAUAUUCCUAAGGAGGUUUUGAUAGAUUGUGCACAGCUUGUGAAGGCCAACAGCAUUCAAGGCUGCAAAAUGAAUAAUGUCAAUAUAGUAUACACCCCAUGGGCCAACCUAAAGAAAACAGCAGACAUGGAUGUGGGCCAGAUUGGUUUUCAUAGACAAAAGGAUGUGAAGAUAGUGACAGUGGAGAAGAAGAUAAAUGAGAUUUUGAACCGAUUGGAAAAGACCAAAGUGGAACGAUUCCCAGAUCUGGCUGCAGAGAAAGAAGCCCGUGAGAGGGAGGAGAGGAAUGAGAAAAAGGCCCAAAUCCAAGAGAUAAAACGGAAGGAGAAGGAAGAAAUGAAAAAGAAAAAGGAACUGGAAGAACUUAGAAAUUACUCUUCCUUAAUGAAAGCAGAGAAUAUGACUUCUAACCAGGAUGGCAAUGACUCCGAUGACUUCAUGUAAAUCUAGGCACCCUCUCUGUGGAAGAGGAAGAUGAAUUGUGACAUCUUAGCCUUUUGCUCAGGGUGCCAAACAUAAGCAAAUGAAAUUGGGAGUCUCUUUACUUGUUUUAUUGUGAGCAGAGAGUAUCUGUUCGUUUUCCUGGGCAGAUCAUUCCAGUUAAAGUUCUGAAACCAUCAGUUGUGACUCCAGAGCUAUUAGGAUGUCUUACUUCCUGGAGAGGCUGGAUUUCGGGGUGUCUAUAUUUCCAGGAUAGUUUGAGGAGAAGGCUACACUCAAGAGGCUUUGAGCCAGAAAAUCAGUUUCUGCCUUAAAUUUUCCUGGGGAGCAGAUCUGGAAUGUUUUGCCAUUAUCUUUUAAAUAUGCGUCAUUGUGUUGGAGUUUGAUUUUUUUUUUUUUUUAGUUUCCUUGGUUGUUUGGGUACCUGGUUGCACCAAUUACAAUUUGAUACCUCUCGUCCCUUAGAAAUCUGAAUUCACAACAGCUAUGUUUCCAUGGUUAUUAUACUUGGCUAGAAUCCAAAAGAUCUUUCACUCAACAAUCAGCAUUGCUUUGCAUUUGUAGCACACUGCAAAACCUGGUGCCGUCUUUGAGGAAAGAAGAAUUCACUUUUGGGCUGCUUUUGUUAUGUUUGGGUUCCUUGUGAUCCUGAUGCAGAGCUUUAUAUGGGUUGUGGGGUUUUUUGUUUUCGUUUUGCCUGCCCAGAGUUUGCAUUGGAAUAGUAGAGAAGCAAGGAAAGCUGCCACUGUUGAUUCGCCAUUCAAGAGAGCAUUCAGAAGGUCUACUUCUUAGGUUCUUUUCUGACCAGCAGCAUGUAAUAGUUCUUUGUGUUGAACAUCAACCUCCCCCCACUCCCCCUGUAAAAAGCAAAAAUUAAAAAAACAACAAAAGGUUGUAAGCUGCUUUCUCAAUGUAGCAUUACCCACCUUUUUCUUGCUUGGGGGAUUUUGUCUGUUUUCUGUCUUGUGGCAAUACCUGGACAUCUUCUGAAAUGUAUAGCUAUUGCAUAUGAAGUCAGGAUCCUUAGAUAUGAAAACUGUUUGCUUAGCCUCAAUAGGGAAAAAUAUAAGGUGGAACUUCUUUAUCUGAACAAGUGCCUCAGUAUAAAAGAAAAUUAUGAGGGAAAAUGGUAUUGGCUACAAUCUCUAUAGAGUCCACAACUAGAGAGCUUCUGGCAGGAUGUUGGAGAAAAAAAAUAGGUUUGUUGAGUUACCAUAUUUUACUGUAUUUGCUUGUUUUCUGCGGUGUUAUCACAGAACAUGCAGGAAAAGUUAAAGGCUGGCCUUAACUUCUCCAAAGGCUUAAAGUUCUUAAAUAAUCCUAGAAAAUGCCUUCAAAGUAGUUCAAGGUUCAUCAGCAUUAAAAUUCUGUCACAUUAGAAGUUACAGAUGCUCAAUAGGAACCUCCAAAAUUAUUAUUUUUUAAAAACAUACAAAACUACACUGAAAUUUGUUUCUGUAUGCUUGUGUAGGGUUCCAUGCCUUCCUGAAAUCUUCCACAAUGGUUUCUCCAACACUCUCCGAAGCAGCAUUUUUGAGCAUGCAGGAAGAGAAAAUAGUGCUAACAGAAAUCUAGUUAAGCAGCAUUGGAUCUUGGACCUUACUUCCAAGAUGUAUUGGGUCUCCAGAUGAGGUUUCAGCAUCUUUUUAAAGAAAGAUGCAUACUAGUCAGUGUGUUUGCACUAAAAAAAAACCCCAGAAAUUAAGCUGAUUUAUGAAAAGGGUAAUACUGCAUACACUAAACAUAAUACUUUUAUUGGCAACUUUGUCAUUACAAAUUACUCAGAACAAAGACUAUUGUUUUCCACAAAGAAACAAAUACAUGUAUCUAAUCAUUGAUUUCACAGAAUGUAACUGAUUUUCAGCAGGUUGAAAUUGCUGAAUAUUACAUUUUCAGUAAUAACUUGGCAGACUUCCAUUGCAAAUAUAGUUUGUUUCCUUUUGAGACUUUACACAAAAUUUGGCUCGACAUUGCUGUUCUCAUUCUCUUAUAAAAUCAUUCAUUUUUAAAGAGGUUCAAAUAGCAUAUUGAUUAAUAUUAACCUAGAUAGUUGACAAAUGUUUAUAUAUAUAAAAGCCAAGCUAAAUAGUUCCUAACACAGCAUCAUGUCCCAGUUGUAUUGUCUCAGAUGGUCUGGCUGUUUAAUACUAUUUUUGGAAGAUGAGACCUAGUGUAAAGAGCACUUAUCUCCCUCCAGGAAGUUCAGUAUUUUUAAAAGGUGGCUUCUUUAGGUUUCUAGCCAUUUGGGCUUUGUAAGAGUGAUAAUCUUUUAUUGUAUUCAUUGUGCACUAUGACAUGCUUGUAAAAUGACUACUUUGAUUCCGGAGACUAGCAUGAUCAGGAUUUCAAUGCAACACAAUCUGGGACCUUUUCCUUUUCCUUUGCUUUGGAACAAGGAUUUCCUUCCUUGUUCUCAUUGACUUUGGGAAAGUGAGAGAAUGAACAAAGAAGGAGAAAUGAUUCUAAAUAAUUUCUAAACAUUCAGUAUAAAUUUUCCAUUUUAAUUAAAGAUUACUUUAAACUUCCGGAAAUAUCAACUUUUCUGCAAAAUAAUUUUAAGAGGUGACUCAAGGGAUUCUUCUGAAUAAUAGAACAUCUUUAACCAAUUAGAGGACAUGUAUAUUUUUUUUGUUUUUAAUGUACUAUGUUGUUGGCUUUGGGUUAUAUCCUGCAACUAAAUUGUUGAGCUGUUGUUACCCUUACAUAAAUGUUCAUUGCUGAGACUGCUGUUAUUUUCUCACUGGAAGUCAUCCAGACAGUUUCCCCAAGUUCAGUGAUUUUGUUCUGAAGGAUUCAACCAUCUGUAUAUAAUUGUCUUCUGUCUUCACCUGAAUCUUGUUCUAACUGACACAUAAAACUAUUUAAACCUA